AAUUGAGAGAAGAUCGGUUUGACGAAGAUAUCAUUAUUAGAUGCAAAUGGCUCUGAACAAGAAGAAUCUUGAUGGUGCUGAUGCUAUAAUUGUGAGUGGUCUUCCUGACUACAUUACAGAAACACAGAUGAGGGAAUUUCUUGAGACUUUUGGUCCAAUUCGGGGCUUUGAAUUGGUGAAAGCUAGAGAUACUCGAAAUUCAGAAAGUUAUGCAUGCUGUGUAUAUCAAGAUCCUGCAGUUACAGAUAUUGUUUGUGCUGCUCUGAAUGGAAUAAAAUCUGGAGAUAAGACUCUUACUGUUAGACGACCUAAUCAAGGUGAAAACCAGCCAAAACCUGCACUAAAGAGAGUUAUGUUUCAGCAAGAAUUAGCAGCAACGAAGUCGAAGAUUGCCAGUUCAAGCCUGGCUAUAUCUGCUGCUGAUGGACUUGAUGGUCCUGAUUGUUUAUUUGUGGGUGGUCUUCCUGAUUGCUUGAGAGAAUCAGAGAUCAGGGCACUUGUAGAGACUUUUGGUCAACUUCGGGGCUUUGAAUUGGUGAAAGAUAGAGAUACAGGAAUUUCAAAGGGUUAUGCAUUCUGUGCUUAUCAAGAUCCUGUGGUAACGGAUAUUGCUUGUGCUGCUUUGAAUGGAAUAAAAUUUGGAGAUAAGACUCUUAUACUUAGAAGAGCGCCAAAACCUGAGCAAGAAAGCAGAUUAACUCAUGGACUUCAGAGACUCACGCUUCAGCCAGAGCUAGUAGCAACGAAGGUUGUUUGUCUAAGUCAGGCUAUAUCUGCUGCUGAUCUGAAAGAUGAUGAGGACUAUGAAGAGAUCGUAGAUGAUAUGAGAAGAGAGGGAUCCAAAUAUGCUACAAUUGUAUUCACACAUCAUGAACAUCAGGCCUGACACAUAAAGACGGAAGCCUCCAUCUUCCACCAAUAAUCUUCAAUCUUACUUGAUUUCACGGGAUAUAUUUAGUAAUUUUUUUUUCUCUGUACGUAAUUAACCACUUCUUAUUUAUCAUCUGCAGGUACAUUGGUUAAUGUUGUGAUACCUCGGCCCCGACCAAAUUGGGAACCAUCACCACCUGGCGUUGGAAAGGUGUUUUUGGAGUAUGCUGACGUGGAUGGUGCAACAAUAGCACGAGCUCAGUUGAGCGGACGAACUUAUGGUGGGAAUCCAAUAGUGGCAGCAUUUUAUGCUGAGAAUGAAUUUGCUGACUUGAUUAUGAAGCCUACAUUAUGAAGCCUGGCUGUUUGUCAUUGCCACUUAGCUUGGAUUGAUAUCUCUUCCGUUUUUGUAAUUUCUAGGCUUAGUUGAACAGUAGAAUAUGAAUAUAUAUUUUAUUAGGUGGGACCUUCUAGCUAGCCUAAUGUUAUAGA